AGUAGGAAAUAUUAAUUGCUUCAACAGUUGACGAACUUCAACUAGAAAUACAACGAUGUACUCGAACUUCAACUUAUUUACAAUAUUUAUAUUAGUUUUGAGUAUUUUAAAUAUAGCCAAGUCAACAAACUAUUGCAGUAAGACUUUGUGUAAAGAUAAGAAACAUAUUGCCUGCAAUAAUAAUGGGGCCUUCAGUCCGCAAUGUCAAAAUCCAAAAGUAGUUACAAUGACUCCGGCUCUACGAAAUUUCAUUGUUCAUCGACACAAUCAGCUGCGUAAUCAAAUAGCCAAAGGAUUUUCACCCUUUAAGCCAGCUGCACGUAUGGCCACUAUGCGUUGGCAUGCAGAAUUGGCAAAAUUAGCCGAACUCAAUGUCCGCCAAUGUGCAAUGGUGCACGAUGAGUGUCGCAAUACAGAUGCAUUUAAAUAUGCGGGACAAAAUCUUGCCGAAAUUCGUUCAAGUGUUGCCAUAGAUGUAAACAAGGCUUUAAAAUAUCAAAUACAGACAUGGUUUGACGAGUACAAAGAUGCUACGCUCGAUGCCAUUCAAAGUUUUAGAACUCCGGAUAAUGGCAAACAAAUUGGCCACUUCACUGCCAUUAUUCAGGAAAAAUCUACACAUGUCGGUUGUGCUAUUGUACAUCAAACCUUGCAAAAUGGUAGAAACACCCAAUUAUUGGCCUGUAAUUAUGCUUAUACUAAUAUAUUUAAUAAACCUGUCUACGAAACGGGAAGAAGUGGUAGCAAGUGUUCAACGGGUACGAAUGCAAAUUAUACAUCUUUGUGUUCUGUAAAUGAAAAAUAUAGUCUAGUCCCAUAAUAACAUGUAUUCACAAGACCUAAAAUCGAAACAUGCCUCAAAUAUAGGUAUUUCCUACUUUAA